GUCAGUGCGUGACGUAGCGACGCACACGGGGCGUCGUUCUCCCAAAAUGAGACCGUUUAUAACAGCACGUCAGCCUCUGGCAUCAAUCUCUGCUCUGAGUCCGGCUCUGCGCUCCGUGCACUGGGGAUACACCGCUGCUACUGGACUUUAGGGACGCUUUAAACGCUUUUACUUGCUUUUGUGGGAAUUACAGCUGCGAGCAACAAACGCUGCGUAAAGAUGCUGCUGCUACUACUGGGAAUCAUCUUCCUGCACGUCGCUGCCCUUGUGCUACUGUUUGUGUCAACGAUUGUCAGCGCAUGGACAAGUGGGCAGUAUGGCACUUCAGACUUGUGGCAAAAUUGCACUUCCAAUGGCGAAUUGUGUAACCCUGCUUCAACUGGUGAGUGGAUCCAGUCGGUGCAGGCCCUCAUGAUCCUCUCCAUCAUCUUCAGCUGCUUGGCCCUCUUCCUCUUCUUCUGCCAGCUCUUCACUCUGCAGAAGGGAGGUCGCUUCUUCCUCACCGGAGCCUUCCAGAUCCUAGCCAGUCUGUUUGUGAUGAGCGGCGCCAUCAUCUACACUGUGAUGAGUCCGGACUGGGUGCCGUCUACAGACUCCUUUGGAUACGCCUACAUCCUCGCCUGGGUGGCCUUCCCAUUGGCUCUGAUCAGCGGUAUCAUCUAUGUCAUCUUAAGGAAGCGAGAAUGAGUCUGCAGAGUUUGAAAACAACCCAAACCCAACACGCCAUGUGACCUCGCGCUCUCGUUCAGGCUCUCACGCCAUUGGCUGGUUGAACGGUGACAUCACAGACAGGGGUAUAUCAGAUUUACCAUGGAAACCAUCUCCAAAACCCAACGAUGAAGGAUGUAAAUAGUAUCUAUGGUUUAAGACCUAUUUAUAACACUUUUUACAUAUAUGUACAUAGUUUGUGUUGCUCUGAUACUGAUGUAUGAGCUUUGUUUUAGUGGAUUAAGUGCCUCAGUGUUUGUCUGUAACAACGAAGUAAUUUUAAGCUUUUUUUUUUCUUUUUCUUGCCAAAUUUCAUUACUGAACUCAUUAACCAAAAUGCAUGAUGAGAACUACUUGUUUCUAAUUGAUUUCGAGGGCUUGCCAAGUUUUUUUUUUUUUUUCUACCUUCAACAAAAUGGUGCUAUGUAUUUAUCAUUCCUAUCACUACAACAAUUACCGCCACGUUGCCCUUAAUUUAAAAUCAGACACAAGUGCAAUUGUUUAUUUAGUGCUUUGGGAAUAUGACUUAAUACUUUUAAUUGCAAUACUGUACAAACUUAUGUAGUAGCCAUUAAUGUCAGUAUUAUAGAAAAUUUUGGAAUAGAUUUGAAAACAUGAACUGUAAUCAUUUUGAUUUGGGCUAACUGUACUAGGCUAUACCAAAAUUAACAUUAGGGGGCAUUCUAGUUGAAGCCAUACCAGAAUAUAGAGAUGUUUAUGAAGUAUUUACUAUUUAAAGGGCACAGAACUGCAGGAAUCAAGCAACUAUUUGUUUAACAUACUUGAAGUUUGACGUGAUGCAGUCUCUGGCCCAUGUGUUUCUGCUACUGUAAAAUUCACUGUUUAUGUCGCCGUAGUAACAGAUGUUGAUGUCAAUGGAGCAUAAACUCUCACUCAAUAAAACUAUGAUCACUAUUUCUCAGCUUCACCAAUGUGUUUGCAACUGCUGUAAAUGGACUGAGUUGAGCACUAACAGCUAAUGCAGUGAGACUUGGGAGUGCCUUGUUCUGAGUGGGAAUUUGCAAUAUUUGCCUGGAGAAAAUAAGAAAACAGCAAAAUAGUGAAUUAAAUAUUGUAAAAAGUCCGAUAUUGUUUAUAUUAAUGUUGUUUCUUUUAUUUUUGAGACCUGCUAAUAAUGUUACAAAUGUUUCAAAAUAAAACUAGUAAAUUUAAAGGUACGCUAACCUUUCUGGUAGGGAGGUCCGCUACCUGCUUGUCUGUUGUCUUGCUUGGAAUGUUCCACAGUAUUGCAUUAAACUGAUGCUUUCAUUCAAUUACAGGUGUUUUUACUGCUCAAAUUGCCUCUUCGCAGAUUUAACCUGCAACCUCCUGGUGGCGUCACUGGCUUGUUUCCAUGGAGAUCAAUACAAAAAUAAUGUUAUACUGUGGACCAUUCAGGGAAAGACGGGUUCAACCAGAAAAAGUUACGUCGUGCAUCUUUAACAUUGCUUUAUACCUCCAAUCCGCAUGUUUUAUUUGACCAAAGACUUCAUUGAUGUGGUCUUGUGUGAUUCUAAAUAGAGAUUUUUUUUUUUGCUAAUGCUUUGGCACCAGUGUAAAUCCCAGUGCCACACCUGAAUGACAGUCCUGCAUUCACGUGUCAGCUUUGAUAGAUGAAAGUACAGCUAGAAAUGUUUUUACAAAUGCCAAAAGCGGCUAGGGUUACCAUCUCCCUAUAGCCUUUCGCGUGGGGCAUCAGCUCGAGCUAUGCAAAACACGCGGCUUCUAUUUCAAACUGAACAGUGACGCGAACAGCAUUGAAAUAAACACUUGAGAUUCUCAUUGCAAGUCUAUGGAAUGUUGUCCAGAGCUUUAUUUUGUAGUAGAUGUGCAGGCAUGAUACUAAAUGGGUUCAGUUAGAAGAGAUACACCGUUACCUCUAAUGAAAACUGCCCACUUGUUAAUAUCAAGAUCCAUCUGCAGUUUGUGUUGUGUUUACAUGUACCAAAUGCUCUCAAUAAUACAAUGCUACUUGAGUUUAACCAUUAAAGGAUGUUUCUUACCACC